AUGAAAGUGAAUAAAAAGAAAGAUGAACAACGACUUAGUAUCAUGGAAAAAUGGCAUUCAAAAACAACAAUGAUGAAUAUAUCAAAAUUCUCUACAAAUCAAAAUGGUAUUGUUCAACAAGUUAAUGCUAUUCUAAAAGAUCAAGAAAGGUUGUUUAGAAGAAGUCAACAAUUAAGAGGAACUAAAAUUUAUUUGAAUGAAGACCUUAUUUCUUCUUCAGAAGUAUUUGAUGAUGGAGAUUUUUAUCAACAACUUAUUAAAGAUGCAGUUGAUUAUGGUAUAACUGGAAAAGGUCAACCUAUGAUGAAUAACACAAAAAAACAAAUACAAAAGAAAAAGAAAAGAGUUAACACAGACAUCGUAUUUCCUAAAUUAGAAAAUUUUAAAUGUCCUGUAGAAUAUAAUGAAAAAUUAAUGGAAGUUGAUCGAAGUAUUUUUAUUAAGAAUUUAUUCAAAUAA